UAAUUUUAUUUCCAUGGCUCACAAUUUCCCCCCUUUUCCCCUUCCUCUCUCUUAAUUCACUCUUCUCUUUCUCUCUCUACACCAUCCUUCUUCACACCAUUUAGCGAGAAGUAACUUAUUCAAUAAAUGAGAAUAUCUAACAUAGUAUGGACGAAGCAAUAGGCGACGAGGUGGCUGAACCUGUUAACGGCACACAUAUUCUAAAAAAGGAUAACGAGUUCUUAUUUAAAUCUGGGAUCCCCGACAUGCUUCAAUCAAAUGAAAUGGUUACACCUGGAACGGUCGAUUAUCCUGACAAGUCGAGAAAUCGAUUUUCAGAUGUUUUGGAUGUGAAAGAUCUGGAUAGAAUUGGUUCUUCUGAACAUGCAAGUGCCAGUCCUCACUGUAUGGAUGAUGCUGGAAUCAUGGUUGAGGAAUUGACACUGAGAAAUUACGAUGGGGAUAAGUCGAGUAUAAUGGGUGCUUCUAACAACAUCGAGCGGAUGCAAACUAGGCGAAACCAGUGGCAGAACUUGUAUCAGAUAGCUGGUGGAUCAGGUGCUAACAAUCUUCAUGGACAAACUGGGUACAAAGGAAAAGGUCAGGCAAACUCAAGUGCAUGGGAGGACAGGGACAACAAUUUCUUUCGUGGGUUAGUAGAGGAAAAUCCGCCGACGCAAAACCAUAUUCAUAAUGCUCCGUCAGAAAAUUUAUUGAGCAAUGACGAUAAAGGUUCUUCGGGUGAUAUUUUGUAUCCUUCUGGAGGCAUCCGGACAAAAGUUCUAUCAAAAUCUGGGUUUUCGGAAUACUUCGUUAAGAGUACAUUGAAAGACAAAGGAGUAUUACAUAAACGCCAAGCUGGCAGAGGAUCUGGCUCCGAGUCUGGGAACCAGGACCAUCAUCCUAAGUCUGGUUUUGGUGGUUCGCGAAAUUCUGUUGCCUCAUUAGGUUUGACUUCAAAGCCUGUUUCUGAACCAUGCGUUGCUUAUAGUUCUAGAAGUAUUAGUGAUGGAAUAAGUUUAAGAGAGUGGCUGGAAGGUGGCGGAAAGAAGGUAAAUAAAGUCCAGAAAAUGCAUAUAUUUAAGCAGGUGCUCGAUCUUGUGGAUUUCUCACAUUCUCAUGGAGUUUGCCUUCAAGACUUGAGGCCCUCUUGCUUCAAGUUGUCGGGAUCUUACCAGGUCAUGUAUCUAGGAUCUCGUGCAUCAGUCACGGAAAAUGUUAAAGAUCAAAAUGUCCGCGUAUCAAAUCAUAAAAGAAUUGAGAAGAGACCAAUGCAACAAAGCAUGCUUCCCUUGGAAAACCACUCUUUGAAGAAGCAGAAAUUAGGUGAAAAUAUGAAGUUUAUGCAAAGGUGGCCCCAAUUUCCAUCAAGGUCUGGCAUUAGAUCAGCAUUCCCAAACGUUUCCAACUUAGAUACUGCUGAAUCUCUGGAUCCUAGCAAUGAUUUAGAUGAAAGGCACAAUCCUAAGCCAGAUAUCAAGAACCACAGCAGAUUGCCUGGCCAUAGUGUGCAUAAUUCGUCACAGACAUUGCAGGGCUCUGUGAGUGUUAUGUUGGAAGAGAAGUGGUAUUCCAGCCCUGAGCUGUUCAACGAGAAGGGCUGCACUUCUGCAUCAAAUAUCUACUCGUUGGGGGUUCUUCUGUUUGAGUUACUUGGGUCAUUUGAUUCUGGAAGAUCUCAUGCUGCUGCAAUGCUUGAUUUACGCCAUAGGAUUCUUCCACCUAGUUUUCUUUCAGAGAAUCCCAAGGAAGCUGGGUUUUGCCUUUGGUUACUUCAUCCCGAACCUUCAUCACGCCCAACAACCAGAGACAUUUUGCAAUCUGAAUUCAUAAGUGGAAUUCAAGAAUUACCUGGAGGUGAAGUAAAUUUGUCUAAUGAUGAAGAAGAUGGGGAGUCAGAACUGUUGUCGUACUUUCUUUUGUCGCUAAAUGAGCAAAAACAAAAGGAUGCUUCCGAUCUAAUGAAGCAAAUCCAGUGCAUAGAAGCUGAUAUUCAAGAGAUUGAGAAACGGCGACCUAAGAAAUCACUGCUUCUAUCUUCCUCGGCUCAGGGUUCUCUUACUGCACGUGGGAGCAGCUAUAUCCAAGGUGGAAAUACAAGUGCAGAUUCAUUCUUAAAGAUGUCCCCUUUAAGUGAUAGAGAAACAAGGUUGAACAGUAAUAUCAAGCAACUUGAAAAUGCUUACUUUUCCAUGAGAUCCAACAUUCAGCUGUCAGAAAAAAAAUUAGCCACUCAUAGGGAUGGAGAACUGUUGAAAAGUCGUGAAAACUGGGGCACGAUGGAAAAGGAAGACAAGUACAGUACGGCAGAUCGUUUAGGGGGAUUUUUUGAUGGAUUGUGCAAAUACGCUCGCUACAGCAAGUUUAAAGUACAAGGAAUAAUGCGGAGUGGAGAAUUUAACAACUCGGCGAACGUGAUAUGCUCUCUCAGUUUUGACCGUGACGAAGACUAUCUAGCUGCAGGAGGUGUGUCAAAGAAGAUAAAGAUUUUUGAGUUCCAAUCUCUUUUCAACGACUCUGUCGACAUUCAUUACCCAGUUGUUGAAAUGGCGAAUGAAUCAAAGAUAAGUUGCAUUUGCUGGAAUAGCUAUAUCAGAAAUUACCUCGCUUCGACCGAUUAUGAUGGCAUAGUCAAGUUAUGGGAUGCAUCAACUGGUCAAGGGUUUUCUCAGUUCAUUGAGCACACUCAAAGGGCUUGGUCUGUUGAUUUCUCGCGUGUUGAUCCUACGAAACUAGCCAGUGGCAGUGACGAUCGUUUGGUGAAAAUUUGGAGCAUCAAUGAUAAAAAUAGUUUAUGCACGAUUAAGAACAAUGCAAAUAUCUGCAGCGUACAGUUCUCAGCUCACUCGGCUCAUCUGUUGGCUUGUACCUCUGCCGAUUACAAGACGUAUUGCUACGAUCUUCGCAACGUUUCAACACCCUGGUGCAUAUUGGCUGGUCAUGACAAAGCUGUUAGCUAUGCUAAGUUCUUGGAUGCAGGAACCCUCGUUUCUGCAUCUACAGACAACACGGUCAAGAUUUGGGAUCUAAGUAAGACGGAUUCCAAUUGUCUGUCAAGAGAUGCUUGUGUCUUGACCCUUAGAGGGCAUACCAAUGAGAAGAACUUUGUCGGCCUAUCAGUUUCUGAUGGAUAUAUAACUUGUGGUUCAGAGACAAACGAGGUGUACGCCUAUCACAAAUCUCUGCCCAUGCCAAUUACUGCCCACAAAUUCGGCUCGAUCGAUCCUGUAACUGGAAAAGAUACUGAAGAUGACAACGGACAAUUUGUUUCAAGUGUUUGCUUCAGACGUAAAUCGAAUAUGGUGGUCGCUGCCAAUUCAUCGGGGUGUAUCAAACUACUCCAGCUCGUUUAGAAACACUCUUCUCUCAUAUGUACAGGAGUAACACGAUUAGUAUUUUUUUGCUGGGUUGUGGAAAAAAAGUACGUUCUUCUGAGUUUACUGCUGAAAGACGAACGAGAAGAUGCAGGUGCAGAUGCAGGAGCUUUAUGUGAUUUAUCGGUUUCUACAAAAGUUGGUAAAUAGCUUCCUUCUGUUAGCCCGGCCACCACCAGUUUAUGCGAGUGCUGCAAUUGAAUUUUAUUGUUCAUGCAAUAAUGUUUUUGUGUGAUUGAGGUGGCAAUUUAUUUUAGCAGCAUUCUUUGUGUAUCCAAUGUGUAUAACUUAUGUGCAAGGUUAACAUAUACCCAGAUUUGUGGAUUAGCUGUUUGUAUUUGCUCUCUUAAAAUUCUUGUUCCAUGUAUACAAGUGGAAGAAAACCUUAUAGCAAUUGUUCUUUUUCUUU